AUCACCAAGACUCAGCCAAUACAAGGCAAGCAGAAGACGACGUAAGUCUCCUAUCCUAGCUAAAGGAAGCACAAAGGAAUUGAACAUAUGGCCACUUCUCACAAGCUUCAGCCGGUCCUCGCUGUCAUGUUCUUCACCAUCUUUGUGAUAGGAGCGAAUGGCGAGCGAUGCAACACGUCGAGCAUCGCGGUGGACACCGUCAACUCCGGCGCGACGGUACCCUGGGGAGACACCAUCUUCUCGGUGGAGGUGAAGAACCGGUGCCCAUGCGCCGUCAGGAACGUGCGCCUCGACGGCGGGGGCUUCGCGACCACGGUGGACGUGGACCAGGCCGCCUUCCGUGCCGACGGCGGCGGCGGCGGCAGCGGCGUCUACCUGGUGAACGGCGGCGAGCCGAUCGCGAGUAUGGCCGCCGUCAGCUUCCAGUACGCCUGGGACCAUUUCUUCCAGAUGACUCCGAGGAGCUUGGAGGUCGACGACGACGGCCAGUGCUAGCUACGAGGAGGACCGACCGUACCAUGCAUGGAUUGGUGCCCUUACUGUAUCUUAUAAAAGCUCAACAUGUGUUUCCCGGCCUGCUGGGUGUUUUCUUCAGCUGGGUGGCUAGCUUAUAGACUGCCAUCCUUCGUAUAUAUACAGAGUACGUGUUCUAGUGGAUUAAAAGUAUAGUGUUUAUUUCAGUAUGUUCAGAGACUGAGAGAGAUGUACGGUGAGUUUAGACUGGGAGAUAGAUACAAGGUGUUGAUCGAGUUCGACGAAGGCCCUGUUUAAUUUCGUUCAGCUAA